CUGACUGUCCAGUUAUUUUUAACGACGAAAAUACAUACACAUGGUGAAGUUUGGUGGACAUUGAUAAUAAUUAUAUUCAGAAGUAUAUAGACGGUGAACGCAUGAGAAGCCGUUACUGACUCGACUGGUUACACAGGUUUACAGCAGACUGGCGCGUGUCCUGCACACGUCAAAGAGCGUGCGCAUGUCUAUGAGCGCGCUGCGUGCAGUAUAGAGAGGGGAUGUUGACGUUUGGCUAGCGUGAUGAUAGAUAGCGUUUCAUACAUCAACUAUCUAGCUUGACUUAUCCUGCAUAUUGGAUUGUGUGUUUAUCAUGGAAGGUCCUCCAUUGCUCUCCAGUGAAAGUGCAACAUAAUUACGUGAUUAUAAUUACUUGUGUACGUUGUCCAUCCUGACAAUGGGAUGCAUCAGAGUCUACCUGCAGAAGAUGAGGCACAGGAUGAAGCUGGACCUAUUGAGAGAACUGGGCCGCCAGUAUCCAGUAUUCUGCUUCCUUCUACUUGUCUUGCUCUUAUCCACUGUUUUGUUGAACAGAUAUCUGCACAUUAUUAUGGUUUUCUGGUCGUUCCUGGCUGGAGUUGUCACAUUCUACUGCUCUCUUGGCCCAGAACUGUUGCCUAAUUUCUUACUGUCUAUAAAGCCAAAGACAAAGGACCAACAAGAGUUGUUUCCCUUGGGUCACAGCUGUGCAGUCUGCGGGAAAAUAAAGUGCAAAAGGCACAGACCAACAUUACUAUUGGAAAACUAUCAACCAUGGCUGGACUUGAAAGUCCCCUCCAAAGUGGAUGCCUCUCUAUCAGAGGUUCUGGAACUGGUUCUUGAAAACUUUGUGUAUCCCUGGUAUAGGGAUAUCACAGAUGAUGAGGCGUUUGUGGAUGAGCUGAGAGUGACUCUGCGUUUCUUUGCCGCUGUGCUCGUACGUCGAACUCAAAAGGUUGAUAUCCCAGGUCUUAUCACAGCCAAACUGCUUAAAGUUUCCAUGAAGCACAUUGAAAUAAUAACCAAAGCAAGGCAAAAAGUGAAGAACGCUGAGUAUCUACAGCAAGCAGCACUGGAGGAGUACGGCCCUGACCUGCACGUGGCACUACGCAGUCGCAGAGACGAGCUCCUCUACCUCAGGAAGUUGACUGAGAUGCUCUUCCCCUAUAUUUUGCCCCCCAAAGCCUCUGACUGCAGAUCGCUUACUCUUCUGAUAAGAGAGGUGUUGGCUGGCUCUGUUUUCCUCCCCGCCUUGGACUACCUGGCUGAUCCUGACACCGUGAACCAUUUGCUUCUCAUAUUCAUCAACAACUCUCCUCCCGAGGCCGCCAUGGAGCCCAGCUCAACCUUGGUUCCCUUCCUGCACAAGUACUCUGACGUUCGCAACAAGAAGCCCUCUGUGCUGAAGCUGGAGCUGAAGGAGAUCAGGGAGCAGCAGGACCUGCUCUUCCGCUUCAUGAACUUCCUCAAGCAGGAGGGGGCUGUGCAUGUUCUCCAGUUCUGCCUCACUGUGGAGGAAUUCAACGACAAGAUCCUAUGUCCGGAGCUGUCGGACUCUGAGACGCUGAUGCUCCACGAGGAGGUGAAAAAGAUCUACGAGACCUACUGCCUGGAUGAGAGCAUCGACAAGAUCCGCUUUGACCCCUUCAUUGUCGAGGAGAUCAAAAAUAUUGCUGAGGGCCCUUAUGCCGGGGUGGUGAAGCUGCAGACCAUGCGCUGCCUGUUCGAGGCCUACGAGCAUGUCCUGUCCCUGCUGGAGAAUGUCUUCACCCCCAUGUUCUGCCACAGCGACGAGUAUUUCAGGCAACUGUUGAGGGGGGCCGAAUCCCCCGCCCGGAACUCUAAACUGAGCAGAAAUAGCCUGAGUUUGGAUGACAUCCGGAACACCUCGAAGCGGGGCGAGUCGUUUGGGAUCGGCCGCAUCGGUAGCAAGAUCAAGGGGGUGUUCAAGAGCACCACCAUGGAGGGAGCCAUGCUGCCCUCUUACGGACUGGUGGAGGGAGAGGAUGACAUGGUGGAAGAGGCCAUGAUGGUUCUGGAGGAUGACUCCCCCAUGGAGGCCGUCAGUACCCCCAGCACCCCUCGCAAUCUCUCAGCCUGGACCAUCACCAUCCCCUACAUAGACUUCUUUGAUGAUGACAUCAAGAGGGAGAGGAUCCCCGUGUUCUGUAUCGACGUGGAGCGCAACGACAGGAAGGCAGUGGGUCAUGAGACCGAGCACUGGUCUGUGUACAGAAGAUAUCUGGAAUUCUAUGUCCUUGAAUCAAAACUCACUGAGUUCCAUGGCUCAUUCCCAGACGCCCAGCUGCCUUCCAAAAGAAUCAUCGGCCCCAAGAACUAUGAGUUCUUGACCUCCAAGCGGGAGGAGUUCCAGGAGUACCUCCAGAAACUGCUCCAACACCCUGAGCUGAGCAACAGUCAGCUGCUUGCAGACUUCCUCUCCCCUCACAGUAUGGACUCUCAGUUUGUGGACAAGAUGCUCCCUGAUGUCAACCUAGGGAAGAUCAUCAAAUCAGUGCCCAGCAAACUGAUAAAAGAAAAAGGGCAGCAUUUGGAGCCAUUUCUCAAUUCCUUCUUUAACUCCUGUGAAUCGCCCAAGCCCAAACCCAGCCGGCCAGAGCUGACCAUCCUCAGUCCCACGUCAGAGAAUGAUAAGAAGCUCUUCAAUGAACUAUUCAAGAACAACGCCAACCGAUCAGAGAGCACGGAGAAGAAACAUAACCAGAACUACUUCAUGGAGAUGAUCACUGUGGAAGGAGUGUAUGACUACUUGAUGUUUGUGGGUCGAGUGGUCUUUCGCAUCCCUGAUUGGCUGCACCACCUGCUGAUGGGCGGGAGGAUCCUGUUAAAGAACACCCUGGAGGCGUACACAGACCACUACCUGCAGCAUAAACUGGACAAGGUGUUCCAGGAGCACCGCCUCAUUUCUCUCAUCACCCUGCUCAGAGAUGCUGUGUUCUGUGAAAACAGUGAGCCACGCUCCUUGGAAAAUAAGCAGAAAAGGGCCAAGAAGACCUUUGAGGAAAUGACGAAAUACAUUCCAGAAUUCCUGGGCAAGUGUAUUGGAGAAGAGGCCAGGUACGAGGGGGUCCGCCUGCUCUUCGAUGGACUACAACAGCCUGUUCUUAACAAACAGUUGACCUAUGUCUUGCUGGACCUUGCUCUUCUAGAACUGUUUCCUGAACUGAACAAGCAGCCGGGACAGAAGGAGACUCCUAACAUGGCUCCAUGGAUGUAGCAAGAGGAUGGGGACUCGCUUUAGUCUUUGCUUUAUCUGUUGCAUGUGCAAUAGACUGUGUACAUACAGCACUUAAACCAUUGAUACCACUGCACUUGUGAUCAUUUUUACUGUAAGCUGUGCUUAGCCUGUCAUUUUUUUACCAUUGACAAUUUCCUAAGAUACAGAUUCGUAAAAGUAUAACACUGGAAAAAUGUGUUUUGAAGAUAAGCAUGAUUAUGCUAAUAAAAUAUUUAUUGAUCAAAUAAAAAAACAUCCUGAUGUU